AUGCUCCAGCCGGGAUGUUGGGGUCCUGACUGCUUCUUUAACGGCAACCGCAUCAACACCAACGCGAAGAAGGGAAAAUGCACUGCUACAUCCGGGUAUAUCGCCGAUGCGGAGGUAGCUGAAAUUUUGCAAGACCCGAAACGUGUUGUGCGGAGCUUCGUGGAUAAGGAUAGCGACAGUGACAUCCUAGUUUAUGACACAAAUCAAUGGGUGGGCUACAUGAGUAAUACCACUAAACACGCACGCGCAGCCCUCUACGCAUCAUGGGGCUUGGGGGGCACGACAGACUGGGCUACCGACUUGCAGAAAUUCAACCCGGUUCCCGCACCGGCAAAAGACUGGGAGACCUUCAAGCGAUUGAUCGAACUUGGGGAGAACCCCAAGCUUGAUCACACUCGGGAUCCAAGCUGGGUUCAGUUUGAUUGCAGCAAUGAUAUCACCAGGUCGAAAAUUGGUUAUCCUCCCAGCGUGAGAUGGAAGGCGCUCAACUCAGAUGCUGCUUGGGAAGAUAUCAUUAGAAUUUGGAAGAAUGUCCGAGAUGACAAUCAAGGAGACACCUUCGCACCGUCAUUUCUCACCUCAAUUACCGAGACGAUGGGUUUUGCAACACCCAGAUGCGAUAGUGUCCUCGAUUGCGGAUGUGACAGGCGAUAUGAGUGCCCGAAUAAAGCAAACAACCCCGAGUCUGGUCCAGCUGCUGAAUUUAUUAUGAACUCUCUUGUGGAGAUCCACAGAAUGUACCAUGACUACUAUCGCGCUCUUACGGACGAGAUGGCGAUCAUAAACACGGCACUUGACGACAUGGAGAACACCUUUGCUCCUGUCCCUGAGCCUGACGAUAAGUCUCUGGUAAACCUACUCGUCGAUCUCCUGACGUUGGGGACUCUUUCGAUUGGUGCAGGGUGGUUCAAUACGGUUCUCAAGCAGACUGCAUAUUUUAGAAGUCGCGGUAGUGAUGUUUUCGACAACAUCAAGGACGUCACGCAGAUCUUGAUAGGUCAGGGCACAACGAUUGCCAAGGAUGUAUUGCCUGACAAGGAAAAGAAAUGGUCACAAGAGGGAAAAGACAAGUUCACACACUACUUGGGGGAUGUUGUAGAUGGAUGGCUCAAGAUUGUAAACAUGACCCUUGUCAAAAUUUUUGACGGCAGUGACUCAUCCAUCGACUUACUUUGGAAAGCUAUGUCCGACGGCAAGCUCAUUGAAGGCAAAGUUCUGAGCCAAUCCACACUAUCGGAUGGCGACCGCGUGAAGACUUUACGCGACUUAACUCAAGCAACAGUAUUUGCCUUCGGGAUACCAGCGCUUUGGCGUUACUCCGGCAACUACGCUUUUGUGAUGGACUCAGGGCUCAAGUGCUCGGAUAGCACUGCUCCGUUAUCACAGUACUUGGAAGAUGACGUGAUAAAGAAAACGAGCGCUUGUAUAGAAAAUAAACAGUAUUACCUCGUUUAUCCUCGGCAAAAGCCCACAAGACGUUGUUGGUGCACGAAUCUCGACGAGUUGCGUGGGUUAUGUCUGCAUGAGGAGUGUCGCUCUUUCCCCUUUGCAGGACCACCUGGGCUGGACGAACUCGAUGGCGAGAAAUGGGCAGGACUCCGCUUGGAAGAUUUUAUCAAGGGUGCCCUCAAGACGUGGGAGAUGAAUGGUUGGAAGAAUGACGCUCGGCUUCCGGACCCUAACGAUGAAGAGGACAUCAAGAAGCUGAUGAGAGGAGACGUGAAAGAGUCUGGUCUUAUCAGGCUCCCAGUUUGCAGUCCGGAGCGUGCCUAUCAAUCGUGGGACACCAGCAAGAAAGGGUCCACGCGCAACUACCCCUGCGAUAUCCCGCCCGGUCUGAGCUUUUGUGGUAUUUCAACGUUCGUGGACCAAACAAGUGGCGCAUCACCCAGUGUCAAGGACUGUGAGCAGAUUAUUCGCAACAUCGAGGGUGAUGGGAAGACAUCAUGGCGAUCCCCGGUGGUAUUCGGCAAACCGCACCGCACAAUCGCCAAAUUUGGGGGCUGUAGUUUUGGCGUCGAAGCGACUAAUGAAAAUGGCAAUAUCUUCUUCGAUGUUGGGGGGCAAGAUGUCAUAGAUCUCAUCAACGAUGCCGUCCAAAGGUUUGGAAAGACCGGUAAGGUGGGUGCGCUAGGCUUCAUGAAGUGUAAGGGAAAUAUCAAAGACCAGGAGGUGAAGUGGGGCAUAUUUUGA